AUGGACGAAUGGCUCGUUCCCGGAUUUCGAGUUGGUUGUAAUCCAAUUGAAUCUCUUCUACAAUCUACUCUCGAAUGUCUCUAUAAUGUAACAUGCAUCGACAAGAUCAAACCAAAUGAUUCUACAUCAGAUAUGAUCUUUCGCGCUCUUGAUUCUACACGAUUAUCACCCAAUAUGUCUGUUCAGUCUCUAGUGGAUGCUCUUUUGGUCGAUCGAUGGGAAACGAAUGUUGUUUAUGAGUAUUACUAUAGACAAUGUGCUCCUCUCUACUGUACUUAUUCACUCAACAUGCGUUUCGAUAAAGUAUAUGUUUUUACUACCAUUAUUAGUCUUUCUGGAGGGUUGACUAUUGUACUUAAACUUGUCAUUCCAAUUGCAGUUAAAUUUGGGCGAUAUAUUGCUAUGUAUUGUCGAAGACUGGUUCGACCAACUGUUACUGUAACUGCAUAA